GGGGUCUGAACAAUCUCUCAAAGCGCGGGGACAGACGGGAGCUAAUAUAAACGCUCUGCCCUUCACUCGGGGCUAUCAGGGGCUAAGAAAACAGGGCUACCUCUGUCACUGACCUCAAGCGCUUCAAAGAAGCAGCGGGACGCGCUGAGCUCCUGCCGGCGGUCAUGGCCACGCUGGAGGGCUGCCGCUGUCGGGGUGCCAGCGGCCGAAAAAACAGCAGCAGCAGCAGCAUUCUCUACAGCAUUCUGAAGAGUGAUGACCGCCUGGUGACCGCCGAGGAGCAACAGCAGCAUCCCCAACAGCACACGCUGCAGCACUUGUUCCAGAAGCCCCCCUCUUCCGCUUCUGCCUCUUUGCAGGAGGUCCGACAGCAGGCUUGCUCUUGCGGCUCGUCUCGGCGCCGGGGCGUCCUCCGCUCCCCGCAGGUGACCUGCAAAGCGGCGUCCGCGGUCCUGGUGAAGACGCUGCGCUUCGUGAAAAACGUCCCCUGUUUUCGCGAGCUGCCCGAGGACGACCAGCUCGUGCUGAUCCGGAGCGGCUGGGCGCCUCUGCUCGUGCUGGGACUCGCACAAGACCGGGUGGACUUUGAGACCACGGAGACCGUGGAGCCGAGCAUGCUGCAGCGCAUCCUCACGGGCUGUCCGGACAGGCAGAGCGAGGCUGUGGGCGGCCAGAACAGGGGGGCACCCGGCGUCUCUGUUGUGGACAUCGAAGCGAUCAAAGCCUUCUUAAAGAAGUGCUGGAGUGUAGAUAUAAGCACGAAGGAAUAUGCGUACCUGAAGGGAGCCGUGCUCUUCAACCCAGAUCUGGAGGGUUUGCGCUGUCUGCACUACAUCCAGUCGCUGCGUCGAGAGGCGCACCAGGCUCUAAACGAGCACGUCAGGCUGAUCCAUCGCGAGGAUACGACGCGGUUCGCCAAGCUGCUCAUAGCUCUGUCCAUGCUGAGGGCCAUCAGCCCGCCAGUGGUCGCUCAGCUCUUCUUCAGACCCGUCAUAGGGACUGUCAACAUCGAAGAGGUCCUCAUGGAGAUGUUCUACGGGAAGUAGGUCACGGGUCCAUAGUGGACUGAGAUGAAUUCAGCAGGUUCAGCUGUCAGAUGGACUGAACUGCUCAAAGAUUUAAUUGGUUGGCAGGUGAGGACGACGUGUGGGACUCAAUUAAUUAAAGACAAAUGUAUUUGGGAAAUCUUCAGUGACUGUGAAAUGACCAACACAAGCAAGUGUGAGUGUGCAUGUGAGAAUGAGCGGUACAGAGAAAGAAAGAGAGAAUGUGCUGAGGGAAUAUGUCAUAAUAGAGGAAAAUAUAAAGCAGCUCAUGUAAUUCAUAACUUAUUUGUUUUUAUAUAAAAUAUUUUUCUAUAAUAAUAAUGAUAAUAAAAAAAACCCUAAAAACAAACUACUAUGUAUGUGAGUGAUAAUUGCUCCGUCAUUGCUGACACAUUUUCCUCGGUGAAAUCAGCCCUGGACAAACUCUUACGAAGGAAGAUAAUGUGUCUCAGUACACACGCAGAAAGUACUUAAGAAAUCACGUCGCCUCGAAAAAUAUGAGUCACACUGAUUGAUGUCAACUACAGUUCAGUCACAUCAACUACAGAUUAUCUUCAAAAGGUCAGGGCUUGGUUUAGCAGCUAUUCACUGUCCAGUGAAGGAGGUAAGUUGUGGAGUAUAAACACAGAUGCAGGACUUCUGAAUUCAGGUGAAAUGCCCUGUUAGGCCACCAGAGUGCAACAGUAUACAACGUGUAGCGAUUGUGCAAGUCACAUGGAUCAACUUCCCCUGUCAUGCACACGGAAAGGGGCAAAAGUGGUUGAGGAAAAGGACCUCAGGUAAUGUUCCUGUUCCUCGUAGUCUGGCCAUCACAGUGUGGGCACAGUGCGGUAAGGUAUCAACUUGCUCGCUGGAGAAAAAAAAUAAUCUCCCUGUAACCAACAGAACAAAAGCUAGAGACGCCGCAUAAAAUACACCUAUGGUUUAAACCAGACCUCUGUAAUGAGACACUACUGAGUGAAUGUUCAUCUCAGACAAUGGCACAAGGACUUGCUGCUGUUACACCAUAGCCACACGAUGUUACGAAGCUCAGUCCCUGAACAUCUCAUCUAGCAGCUAUAAUACUUCAUCACUGUUCAGAGGUCAGAUGGCCUGAGCCUGCACUUGGUCUCGCUUUGUGGCAGCACCAAUAAAAUAACCCGGCCAGAUUGUUAGCAUUUUAUAUUAUACCCAAACAAUUGUGGUAGAAGUUCUCACACACUUUAAUUAAGGAACAAGUAGCACACAUUAAAGUAAUACUUCAAGUAAUGGUCCUGCAUUAUACACACAUCAGAAGUAAAAUGGCAUAUGAUCGGAUAAUUAUUGGAUUAAAAACGAUUACAUUUGUGUCACAAUGUUGCAUCAACAUGGAGCAGAUUUUACGUUUCAUAUACUGCGGGGAUAUUAGCCUACAAUAAUAUAUCACAAUGUGGUCAGAUUUAUUUAAUUUGAAUUGAUUAGAACACUCAUUAGUAAAACACAACGAUAUUAAUUGGCAGAAAAUUGAACUACUCAAAUAAAGCACUUAGGUACGUGUGCUUAGCUGCUUUCCACCGUGAUUCCCAAACGACAAAGGAAAGAAAGAGAUGAAAGCAGACGUAAAGCUUCUUUGUUGGGAGUAAAAUUGGAGAAGAUUUCUCAUCUCGGUCACCGAAGUAUGAAAGGACCUCCUGUUUCUGGGUACACCUUAAAAAAUGGGGCGCAACAACAUGGGAGGUGACUGUGUGUGUGUGGCUGUCUCCGAGGUGAGAGCAGAGAAAGGAGAAAGUGCAGGACGAGCUACCUUAUUAAAAAGCCACAAAGCAGGGGGCUUUCGGCGAGAGGCAACAUUGUUAAAUUACGGCUCUUGGA